GCCAUUGCGCGAAAGCAUUCGUGCGUUGGACGCGUAACGAAGCGGUUUAGCUUUUUUGGAGCCUUUUUCAUUUCUUCUGUGUGUGUGUGUGUGGGUGCGCGCGUUUUACCCCGAGGUGUAGUGUAGAGUAGUGAGUUUUGUGAGUGAUUUUACAGACCCUCCGGUAAAACAGGAUGAAGACGACCGCACAGCCACCGUUUGACAUUGUGACGGAGCCGCCAUCGCAGGAGCUGCUCGAGGUGUCGCGCCACGAGCUGCGCGAAACGCCCGAGGUGCGCGAGCAGGCGAUCCUGAAGUUGCGCGAGCUGCUGCACAACGCCACCGAUCUGCACUACGCGGACGACGACGACUUCCUGCUGGUGUUUCUGCGCCCGUGCCACUUCUACCCGGACAGUGCGCUCAAAAUGAUGCGCAGAAUAGCCGACUUCAAGAAGAACAACUACCCGCUCAUGCACAACCUGGCGCCAGAGGACGAGAAGCUCUCCUUUAUCGAUCACAAGAUCGUGAACGUGCUGACGAACCGCGACAGCAAGGGUCGGCGGAUACUGAUCGUAAGCUGCGGCGCCGUCUGGGACCCGAAAGCGGUGACGGCCGAGAAGCUGUUCCGGAUGUUUUACCUGGUGCAUCUGGUCGCCCAGCUCGAACCGGCCACCCAGAUUAACGGGGUGGUGAUCGUGAUGGACUUUGAGGGUUUGUCGCUCAAGCAGGUUCGUGGCCUGUCGCCCUCGUUCUCGAAGCUGCUGCUCACGUUCCUGCAGGAGGCGGUGCCGCUGCGCAUGAAGGAGUUCCACAUCCUCAAGCAGCCGUACAUCUUUAACAUGGUGUGGACACUGUUCAAGCCGUUCAUUGGCGAGAAGCUGAAGAAGCGACUCUACUUCCACGGCAGCGACAUGAAGAAGCUGCACAAGCACAUCGACCCGGCCGAUCUGCCCAAAAACUAUGGCGGCACGCGGCCUGCCCUCGACUACAGCUCCCGCGACUGGUAUCCCUGCAUCGAGAAGUACACCGAGCACAUCCAGCGAUGGAACGGCUACGGUUACGCGGCCGGACCUUGAGAGCGGCGUGCGGGGUGGGUGUGUGCGAUUCCAAGUCAGCAAAAAAAAAAAACAAACAAACAAUUUCGCACCAAUUUCCAAA